ACGUGAUUUGAUUCAGAUUCUGUUUGCGCAUAUUUCAUAAACAAACUCCAUCCCCCAUAAUGCUGAGAGCGCUCAGGUUGAUUAAUCAAGCGCGGACUCAUCGAUCGCUCCUCUCGCCCACUCUCACUCUCCGUCCAAUUUUCUCCCAGCAGUCGCAUCCUGCCCGCUACCGUUAGCUAGCGAGUCUGGGAGUAGCGAGUCAGUAUUUUUACCGAGAAAACGACCUUCUGACACCUCGGCAUUAUGUCAUUUUGCUGAGUAGUUUGUUCGGGAAAAUGAAUUUGAGUUUUCUGUGUGCCGGCACGCCUCCUGGAAGACAAAAUUCCCGCUGUAAAGUCAUCUUUUUCACUUCGACCUCCGUAUAGUCGAGCGGGUUUAGCACGACCGUUCGUUUUGACAAGCGAGAGGCUCGUGUGUCCGCUGCCGCUGCUCCGUCGGUGGAGGGGGAGAUUUGGACAAAGCCAGUCAGAUGUUGGACAGUAAAAAUAAACCUCGGGACUCCAACGAUUUUUUACGCCUGGUUGUGAAAUUGAACCAUCAACCUGAUCGUCGGCCGUGACAGUGCCAGCGACGAGGGGAGGACGGUCUAUUUUUGGAGGGCGAGAGUUCGGAUCUCGCACCGAGGGAAGGAGGAGGAAGACCCGCAGAGAAGAAGGGACGUAGCGGGGAGGAGAUCCUGAUGCCAGUGAUGGCAAACGAGCCGAUCAUCCUAAACGUCUAUGAUAUGUACUGGAUCAAUGAGUUCACCAGCUCUCUGGGCAUUGGAGUCUUUCACUCAGGGAUUGAGAUCUAUGGAAGAGAGUUUGCCUAUGGAGGACACCCCUACCCAUUCUCAGGGAUCUUUGAGAUCACACCAGGAGACGCAACUGAACUCGGCGAGACCUUUAAGUUCAAAGAAGCCAUAGUCCUGGGCAGCACAGACUUCACUGAGGAGGACGUGGAGCGGAUCGUGGAGGAGAUGGGGAAGGAGUACAAAGGAAACGCCUACCACCUCAUGCACAAGAACUGCAACCACUUCUCCUCAGCGCUGUCAGAGAUCCUGUGUGGCAGGGAGAUCCCUCGCUGGGUCAACCGGCUGGCCUACUUCAGCUCCUGUGUGCCGUUCCUCCAGAGCUGCCUGCCCAAAGAGUGGCUGACGCCCGCCGCCUUACAGUCCAGCGUGAGCCAGGAGCUCCAUGGAGGAGGAGAGCUGGAGGAGGCCGAGGACGCCGCCGCCACCGCCUCCCUGGCCUCCAUGUCGCCCUGCUCGCCUUCGUCCUCCUCCAGCCCUUCCUCCUCUUUGCCUCGCCACUCUCGCCACCAGCCCCGCCGGUAGAAGCUGCUGGGAGACCCGGGGCUGGACUUUGUAGGCAGAAAAACACCUGCAGCAGCUGACGGGUCCAAGCUGCAGCCAAAAGUCCUGGAGCACGGCGCUGAACCUGUUCAGAGCGUCAGCCCAACCUCUACAGCGACGACAGAAGGGUUUUUCCUCACAGAAAGGAAAGGAGCUGUUACUGCUGACAAAGGCAGGAAACAUCCUUUCAUCUCUCCGACCCACACAGAGUCCAAACUGUUUCCCUUCAAGUCACUUUUACUCAUUUACCCGCCAAACUUCUGGGUGUUUGUCCACAGGAGUUCCUUAAACUUUACCAGCCCCGUCCAGAUUUUACCAGUGCUUCCACUGUGAAAGGAGAUCCUAAUAAAACAACAGGCGUUUGGGCUGGUGUACGGCCUGGAGGGUUAGCCACUUGUUGCUGAUUUUCCAGUUGUUUGGAGGUAAAAAAAUCAAACUUCUAUCAGUCAGGUGAAGCUGCUUCAUGCUGACUUAGUGUGUUAUGGAUGUUUGUCUACCUUUAGGUCAAACACACAUCAGGCCUUAACGUGUUCUAAAAAUACUGUAUUUACUGUAAAGGCAGCAAACGAGUGAGAAGUCACGCGUCAGAGCGAGAUGUGGUGAUCGUCAGAAAUAGCUGUGAAGACCGAGAACAGACAUCUGCUGUGAAAAUGAAUGAGGGGAUUACCACAUCAUUAAAACCAGAAGAAGUGCUGUUCAGAUCAUUCUUUAUGCAUUUUUCUCACCUUUUGCUUAUUUUUUAAUCGUACUGUUUAUCUUUACUGCUCCAAACUCUAAAAUCCAUUAAAAUCAAACUCUUUUAGAAAUUUAAUUGUGGUUUUAAAGACACACAGUCUGAGCGCUGGUGUAAUUUGACGUGUGGCUGGUAAAUGGACGUUUCUGAAAGCAGCAGGUGGAUUUAGGAAUCUCUAAAUGCCUCAAAAUGCUGUGAGCGCAUCAGGACCUCAGCCUCUUAUUUUUCUGUCACAGAAGGCUGGAAGUCGACUACAAUCACCCUCAUGGACACAAACACUGAGCAGAGCCGUGUCCAUCCUGAACACCUGGAUGGGUUCGGUUUCAGGUAAUCUCUGCUUCCCCGUCUCACUCUGAUGUCAAACCUGUAGCAGCUGUAAAGUCCUCCCUCCCAUCAUGGAAUCAUCACGCGUGAUGGGAUGAAACCAAACAAUCUGACACAUGCUUUAAAUGUUCCUGUAUGACUUGUUUCAGUGCAGGCAGUGGCUUCAGCCCUUUCAGACGCUCUGUUAAAGUGACGGCAUUCUGACUUUUUGUUUCCGUUCCUCACGGCUGCUUUCACACAUGAUUAUUAAUAAUUAUUGAAGGCAAUGCCGUUGUUGCACACAUCUCUGAUAUGGUUUAAGGGAUCGACCGAUGUGGUUUUUCAGGGCCGAUACUGAUGGUGAUUAUUGGUGAUGAUGAAAGAACAAUAGCUGAUAUUUUAAGGCGAUACACAGUAAAUGUUGUACGUAGCAUCAUUCAAUAGCAUAGAACCUGCCAUCCAUGGCUAGGUGUUUUUAUGAUUAAGGCGUCUCCUAGCAGUGGGAUGAUGUAGCGUAGCUUUAGCUGCUGUGAGAGCAGUAAAGUUCCUGCUUUGUGGCGGUGGAUUGGGUUUUUAUUCAGGUUUUAUAGGUUGGGUUUCUGAUAGACACUUUGCUGAGACCACAGAGUAACUUGACACCAGAGCUGAAGUAGAGUUAGUAAGCGAUAAUAGGACGAACAAUACCGAUAAUCAGGAAAAUGCCGUUAUCAAACCCCCGAUAAUACACCAAUAAUCAGCUUAUCCCUACUAUGAUGCUGCAGGUAUUUAAUGUUUUUAUUAAUAAACUCAGAGGAAAGACUCCUAAAUACCUGGAAACAACAAACUAAACUUUUUCCUCCAUGAAUAGUGAGUCUAAUUUAGGGAGAGAUCGAUUAUUGGCCGAUAUUUGGUGUUUUUGAUGGAUUAAAUGCUCCACUUCAGGUGUGAUGCUGCUCCUCAGUCCGUCGUCACUCUGUGGUCUCAGAAACAAAAAAAUAUCUGAACAAGUUGCCACAAACCAGGAGAUUAGCUUCUUGGCUAGCAGCUAAGUUAGAAGGCACAGAUGAACCUGAAACAGUAAAUUAAUAAUGCUUUAAGAUAUGAGUCUUAGUGGGUCAUAAAGUGCUAGAACAGUGAAAGAUUAAGAAAAAUUUGUCACAAAUAUUAACACAAAUUCAACCAAUCUCCAUAAAUUCUGUGCAAUUUUGUCCUGUCACUGCAACUUUUCUGCAAUUUUCUCCCGCCUCCCGUGAAUUCCACCAAUCAUAGCAGCCCAAACAUAAUGCAGGUACGUCACUGAAUUCACUUCUUUAUUUAUGGUGUGAAGAUGCAGUCAUGUCCCAUUCUAAUGUCUGUCAUUUACCAACAAAUAUUACUGCUAAAGACGUGAAAAACUAUUCCCUGAUGUUCUUCAUCAAAGCACAGCUAAACUGUUUUACAGCCGUGAAAUAUUGUGGUGGAAAACAAACGAAAACCAUCGACUGACAAACACUUUUCUACCAAAACAUAUCAGGAGAACGUCUGGAAGGAGCAGAAACAGAGCAGACAAACAUGCUUAAAACAUCGCAAUUUUUUUAGAAAUGCUGCAGCAAAUUCAGGCAUGUUAGGGCCACAACAAUCUGGAAAGAACCCGCAAAAUCCUGGAGGGACUGAACAUUACAUCCAAUAUUGGCCUUUGUUGAGUACCAAUAAUGGUGUCGGCCCUGAAAGACAGAUGUCAGUAAUGUGACCCGUCUUAACUGCAGUAAAGUUGUAUUUUUAAUGGACAUUUCAGAGCUGCUGUGAAAUUGCAGGACAAAGUUAAUGAGAGUGUUUUGGCGAUUUUAAACUGUUUUUUUUAGACCGCUACUGGUGCUGAAAUGUUUAAAAGCCUUCCCCCUAAUCGACUUGGAGUGUGCUGUGAUCUGGUGCUGAUCUGUUAACGUGACGUCCUGCAUUCAGACCGAACCGUGAACGUUACAAGUAGUAAGAGUUUAGUGAUCGGCCGUCUGAUGCCGGCAGAUUAACGGAGGACCAGUCUGAAAGGGGCUUUGGAGAUUAGACGUUUCUUUCUCAGUAGCAGCUGCCGAGGUGCCUUUUGAGCAAGGCACUGAACCCACAAUGUUCCAGUGACCAGCAGCAGAAGGCUGUGGUUGUACUGGACGGCUCCCAGUCGUCUGUUUCCUCACAUCCGUGUCCAGUUGGGGACGGCACACGUCACCGACACGUUUCAGGUUUCCUUUUGAAACUUUCUACUGUAGUUUUCACUGAAAUAAGUCUUUUCUAACGUUUCCACCAGAAGAUGCUGCUUCUCCUGUACGAUCAGCUCCUCAGUUCAGACUCCGGUAAAAACACGAGUGACGAUGUGAAACGAGACCUGUGGAUGUGCUGGAAGUCUGAGGACAGUCAAAUCUGAAAAACAAACUCUUGUUUAUGUUUUUUAAAUCCUUAUUGUAUUUCUAUGAUAUAAAGACUCUUCUGGCCUUUUUGUCUGUUUUGUUUGAUAAACUCAGGACUCUAAAAGGCUUUGUGAUCUCAUCCUUUUUUAUCCACAGUUUGUUUGCGUUGUCGUGGCUUUUUCUAAUGCAGUAGUCACUCCAUAGAGCUUUUCAACGGCACGCUGUGGCGGUGCGUUUUUAUACUCCUCUCUUUCAUAAGAAAAAGAGCUUUUGUUUACAACUCGUAUGUUUGUGAGUCUGUGCUGCUUCUUGUUUGUUUGUUCUGUUUUGAAUGUGUGAGUGUAACGUUUCAGUUUGGAUGACUGCGCCAAACUCCCCUCAAACACACACACAGAUAUACAUGGUCAAAAAAGAUGCACUUCAACAAAUGUAGCACUGAUUUCCACACGUCUGCAACAUACUGCAGCGCCUUUAAGAGAUUGGAUGCUUCCUUUUAGUCCUGGAGCUGAUUUUAAGGUAUUUUUAGUAACGUUUUGCCACAGAAGCACCUCUUAGUGACAUCUGUUUUCUAACAAACACAACUGAAGGAAAACCAGCACAUUUAUGUGAGUGGAAGGGUUUAACGUGGGGUACUGUCAGCUUAGUUUUCAAUGUUUGUUUUUAAUGCACACGCUGAUGACGGCGCCCUCUGCUGGCUGUUAUCUGUACUGUUACGGAGGUUUCCUUCUGCUGGUUUUCUGCUGUCCUACAUCAUCUCUGUCCACUCAUCAGACACUAAUUAUCCACCAGCUAAACACAUUUACAACAUUCAAAUGACCAAAGAUAGCUCUUACUUUUUGCUUUUUUUUCUCAUUUUCAUUCUUCGUAAAUGCGAUCAGAUUCCUACGAGGAGUUCAUUUGUGCACCGCUCGUGCACUGAGCUAUGAAAGCAGAUCUGGAAACCUCUGACCUUUCAAGCCCCACAGAAACUGACUUUAGCUGUUACUCUGUCAGAGACUUCAGUGGAGCCGGACACGUUUGUACCCUGUUGGAAAGUUAUUAAAGAAUUCUACAAUCUGUGA